AUGAAGGUGUCGGAUGCACUUUGCAAAUUAUACAAACGCAGCUCCAGUCGUCAUCAUAAUUUAGAACUUUUCAAAUUUAAAUAUUACAGAGAUCCAAUUCUAAAGAAUAAGGUUUCGGGCAAGGGCGAGAAGGAAACUCGCGCCGUAUGCGUUGAAGAGAUGGCUUUGAUGCUCACCUGUCUUAAAACAAAUGACUUUGAGGAGAAGCCCUGCUCCCAUGUUAUCGAUUCCUUCAAAAGAUGUGUCAUAGCUGCCGAUGAGCGCCGUGAACGUAAUAAAGAAUCUCGCAAAAUGGGUCACUUUAAUACUGAUUCUGACGAUGCAGAUGAAGUAAAAAAACUCUCAUCCAUUCAAAUCAACCGAGUUCUUCGUAAAUUCCCUGAACCCUAA